AUGAGAUUAUCAUUCUUUGAACAAUGUCAUGUUGUUUUUCAAUCAUUGUUCGGAAAGCUUUCAGCAGCUUUUGCAUGUUUUCAAGCUUUGUUUAUGAAUAUUUGGGAACCGCCGUAUUCACAGCAGCAGAAAAUAUUAUUCAUGAUAUCGUUCUUGACUCCAGCUGGUACUCAACUUCCCUUUUGCGAAACUCGAGAAAUUCAUUUCACCAUCGAAAUGGAGAAAAACUUUUGGCAAAGUUUCACAUGCUUUCAUGAAACUUCAAGUGAUGUGAAUUCAGUAGCAAAAGAAAUCGAGACGAAUACAACAAGUUUGAAGGAAAGAAAACAAGAAGUUUAA